UUGGUAAAGACUAAAGGGGCAGAAAUAAAUUAGGUUAGAUUAAUGGGGACCUUUCAGCAAUACCAAUCCUCCUAAUCUCAAACCAAAAAAAAAUAAAAAUUGGGGAAAUACUAGGGCGGGCCAAAUUAUCUCAGAUUUCCCUCUCCUUUAUUUCAUUUCAUUUUCAAAAUUUCGCCUUUGGCACAUUCUCGGUUUUCUGCUUCCCCUCUGAUUCCGUUAACAAAGGGAAAGCCCGAUAACUAUUUUUGGCACACGAAAUCGGCCAUGGCGGCGUCUGUAAUUGAGAUAAUAGACGAGGAGUGGGAGCUCGUCAACGACGAUGGGUUUGUUUACAAACGCAAGAAGCGACCCCGCCUUGAAUCUACUGCCGAUGUUGCUUCUGCAUCAGCUCCUCCCCCACCAGAUCCGGCGGUUGAAGAGAAGAAUCGCCGGCAGAGGAAAAAGAUGGCCCUCCUUAAGCUCAGAGAGAAGUACCAACAAGAAAUUCUUCAGUGGGAACAACUGUCGAACAGGUUGAAUGAGGUGCAACAGAAAUCCCCAAUCCUUCAAAAGCAUAAAUCCGCAGAAUCUAACGAGGUUUCUGCCAGUUCCUCACCUCAGCCGGAAACACUGCCGGGCUCAUCUGGGCGGCAGCUAGUCGACGAGCUCCUUUCCCUGGCCGAGGCCCAGGAAGCUAUAAUCGAAGAUUUAUCAAAUCUGUGCGAUAUAGCUGAAGGACUGUGUAGUAAAAGAGAAGAGGAAAUGAAGAAAAAAUUCACGGAGCUGCCUAUUUGGAAAUCUUCACCGCGUGAACUGAUUGUGUCACUGUGUCAAGAUUGAAUCUUUAUCACGGAUUUGCCUCGUCUUAGAUGAAAGUAGUAGUAUUAGAGGCAUCCCAAUUGUCAAAAAGGUAUGAGUAACAUUUGUGGAAUGCUAAUGGAUUGCCUCUGCUCCAGAAAAUGUAGUUCAGGUUAAAAGACAUUGUAAUGUAGUCUCUGUACAAAAUGAUGAUGUUAGGUUUCUCAUUGCAGUUCACACUUUCAUUGUUCAAGAGGGGAAUUGAGUUUGCAAUGUACUUCAUUCAAGAGUCAAAACUUAAGGCUUUGUUUGUUUUUUUUUUUUGGGUUUUUCAGAAUUUAAUAUUAAUAACUGUCU